GAGCAACAGCAGCAGCAACAGCAGCAGCAACAUGGAAGUGGCUACAACAAACAAUCACAGUCAGAGCCAUCAUCAUCAUCAUCAUCUGCAGGCAGCCCAGUCCCAUGGCAAUGGUGGGGCUGGGGGCUCCGGCUCCCGUUCCCCAUUCCAGCGUGAGGUGCGUGAAUGGCAACGCAUCGAUCCCAAUACUGGAGCUCUGUUUAGUGGACGUUUGGAGGCAGAUCGCUGGAUAAAUGGACCACUGAACAGCUAUGGCAAGAUAUCCGAUUCCCAAAACAUCUCACAGCCGAACGGCACACAGCACACACAGCGCAAACAGUUGGAGGUGCUGAAGGCACGCACCGCCAACGGCGCCAUGCAGGUGAUACGCACCCAGACAGUACAAAAGACUUCAUCCACCACGAGCAGCACAUCGCGCGGCUGGGCCACAUCCUCCACAUCCACCACGACCCGCACCAGCAAUGGGCUGCACGGCAGCAGCGACAGCGCCAGCGCCAGCACCAACAACACUCUUCUCGAUCCCAUUCCGCCAGCCAUUUGGGCAGCGCCAACCAGAUGCAGGCCCAAGCCCAGAACCAGGCCCAUGCCCAUGACCAUGCCCAUGCCCAUGCCCAUGCCCAUGCCCUCCUCUCAGAGUGUUGACAUCUGUGAGCUUAGCGAUGAUGAUAGCAGUCUCAGUGGCAGUCUAAGCAGCGACGUUGGCAUCGUAUCCCCGGCCAUGUCCACGCUGCGCAAGCUGAGCAAUGGCCAGGAGCACAUCGACGAUCAUGUUGAUUUUGUUGUGAUUAAUGGUGAAGCCAGCGAUCAAGACGCUGACGUCGCUCAUUUGCACAAGCUCGGACACAAUUUGUUACCCGAUACGGCACCAAGUUUGAAAUUGAGCAAUCUAAUGAAAAGCAGUUCGAGUAUUUCCAGCCAAAGCAGCAACAAUUCAAAUUUAACAACUGCAACAGCCGCCACAACAGCCACAGCUACAGCCACAGCGGGCAACACCCACAGAAGUGCGGGCAAAAUAAGCCUACAUGCAAUUGUUGGACCAGAAUCAUCAUCAUCAUCAUCCACAACCACAUCCACGUCGUCCGCUUGGGCCAAGCAGCAGCAGCAGCAGCAGCAGCAGCAGCAGGCCGACUUAUAUGGCCAGCCAGCAGCGAGCAGUCGCGUGGGUGUUGGAUCUGAUGCUGACGUAGCUGUUGUUGCUGGUAGUACGCCAACGCGACUUCGUCGUGAUUUGGAAAGUUUCCGGCAUUAUAACGAUGACGCUGCCAACGACGAUGAUUUGCGGCUCAGCGCACGGCAUCAGCGUCGCCAGCAGGUGUCCCAGUCGGUCUAUGCCCCGCCGCUGCCAGCCAUUGGCACGGGGCUGCUGCAGCGAUCACGCUCCAUAUCCACGGACGAUCUCAGCCAGGACUGGGAGCGCAACGCGGAGGAGCAGGACGAGCAGGAGCCGGGCGAGUGGCGACGCGUCAGCAAGCUGCGUCGCUCCUUUCAGUCGCAGGACCACUACAAGGCAGCCAUCGCACGGCCACGUCCGUUGGACUUGCCCAGCAAUUCGGUGAGUGUGGCCCGCAUGCGAGCGGAGCUGGAGAACGGGCGUCGCCUGAACACGGCCAUGCGGAACAAUCACGUGGAUCUGGCCGCCCUCGACACCAUACUGAACAUCCAAACGGCGGCGGCCAAGCCAACGGCGGCCAAGCGGAACACUUUCCUCACGGCCGAAUCGCUGCAGGAAAUACGCGGCAGGCUCAAGAAACUCUCCGACGAGAGCCUGUACAAGGAGGACUUUCUGGCCUACCACCAGGCACCACGACCGCCCACGCUCCGGGAACAGUCCGAGGUGGUGCAGGUGGCCGUGCAAGUGCAAGCAGCUCCACUGCCGGCACUGCCCUCCUCCGCCUUUCGGCCCGUGCACAACACCCACAGCCUGGAGUCGCGGAGUCAGCGGAGUCAGAAGGACACCAGCUCCAGUGAGUGGCAUUUGCGGCGCAAGUCGUACGGCUUCGAGAAGAUGUCGCCGCCCGAGGAUAAGAGCAUCUUCCGGGUGGAUGCCUCCACGGACAGUGGCCUGGGACGCUCCGGCGAGCAGCUCGGCAACUGGUCGCCCACGGAGCGGGAACGCGAACGGGAGCGUAACGCUGCAGCGGCAGCCCAGCUGAAUAAUGUCGGAGGCACCAUUAUACACUUUGGACGGCGGGCCAAGCCUCCGGCCAGUCCGGCCCACGAGGGGGAGCUGAGCAAGCGGCACUCCAUAGCCGUGGAGGAGACCUGGCGCGACAUACGCAAGACAUCGCAGGUGCAUGUGAAUGGCGGCACUGGCGCGGUGACCAGCAGCAGCAGCAGCAGCACCACAAACAGCAGCAGCCACCUGCAGCGGGGCAGCGCCCAGAAGCGUGUGGAGUUCUGCAAGACAGAGGUACACUUUGCCGCCGAAUCGGGACGGGUGAACAUUGUCGAGACAGAUGGCAAGCCGCCGCCCACCAAUAACUUUCGCCGACGUCGACGCAGCAGCACCGCCAGCGGACCGCUACAGAGUCUGGUGAAGUCAGCCAGUGCCGCUGGUAGCGCCACGAGCAGCAACAACGACAAUGUGACCCACUUUGGGGACGAUCCACAGCGACGUAAGACGAUAGCCAGCAGCACAGUGGCAUAUCGAGCCACACUCAUGGAUUCCCCGGAGUUGGUUAGCCAGCCCACAUCGAUCGACAUAGCGACAGCGUCAUCGACAGCGACAGCGGCAUCAACAAUGUCCCAGGUGACAGUCACGACAUUGGCAAAAGCCGUGGAGCUGGAGCCACGCUACAGUCUGACGGAGUCGACGUCACGGAACAGCUACACCUCGACCAGUGGCGUGGAUACGACAGACAACGAGACGGAUGAGCUGUCCAACAUACGCGGCAUACUGAAGAACAAGCCAGUGAAACCGAAACCCUAUCAUCUGGGUGAGAAUAUCGAGAGUGCCGAUGUCCUGUGGAGUGUGCCAGCCAUGAAGGGGGAACGUGGUGGUGAGAGUCCCUCGGGCAGGGAUAGUGGCAUCACCAGUGACUCGCCCAUCUGCGCCAAAUCGGUGGCCGAACGCAUACGAAUUGUGGAACAGCGACAGCAAAAGCAGAAGCAGCCCUCGCCCGCAGGCAAUGGCUACUCGACCAAGAUCAAUGUGAGCCUGGGCGCCGAGGAGUGGCCGGAAUCAGGCACGCAUCAUUAUCAGCUGCAGCAGCAGCAGCAGCAGCAUCGUCGCGCCAGUGCCCAGGAGCUGUUGCUGGAGGAUCUGCGCCAUCAUCAGCGCAUACUGGAUGAGGGCCUCAAGUCCACGUCGCUCAUCAUGAAGACCAUGCGCUCGGCCAGCGAAUUCGAUGAGGCCAUGCGACGCCUGAGCAUAGCCUCGAUCGAGUCCGCCCUGAUCCAGCCGACCAUUGUGGUGCCCACGCCAAUGCUGCGCUUGCACAGCUACCAGGAGGAGACGUCAUCCUCGCGCCGCACCUCGACCACCUCCAUAACGAGCAGCGAUCUGUUUGGCAGCGCCCUGUACGAUUCGUUGCCGCGCACACCGCUGGCACCGCCGCGGCUCAAGCUGCUGGGCAACACGCAGAUACCCGUGAGCCAGCAGCUGACACAGCUGCGGCGGCUGUACGAUGCCGCCGAGCAGGAUGCGGAGGAGGACAGUGCCGAUGAGGAGGUGAAGCGCUACUUUCGCGACAGCAACAACAGCGACAGCGGCGGCGGCACACAGGCCAGCUCCUCGCCGGAGACAGUGCAUCAGCAGCAGCACCAGCACCAGCAACAGCAACAGCAUCCCCAUCCGCAGGCGGAUGUGUUCAGGGGCAGCGAGUACUCGAGCAGCUGGAGCCGCUUGAAGGCCAAGCGCACCAUCUGGAAGAUUGAGGCACAAGAUCAGAUGCUGCAGCGAGCAGAUCUGCCCAAAUCGAAUGUCAUGAACAUAGCGCUUCAUUCGCCGCGUGUGGAGAAGCCCAAGGCCACGCCACCCACUCUGCGCAUUGGCCAGCUGAUUCCAGUGGCCAGGCCGCGUACCCUCUUCAUUCAGCCCACGUCCGUGGAGGCGCCCGACGAGUCCGGCAGCGAGUCCCUGAAAAUAGUGAAGGAGGCGCGCGGUGCACGCAAGCUGCGCGAACAUGAGCUCUCCUACUUUGGAGUCCAGCAGCAGCAACAGCAACAGCAGCAGCAGCAAACGAAAUUGUCUACAACCUCAACGAACCCGAGAAGAACGCUGCCCUCGCGCAGCAAGUUGAGCCACACGGAGGAGACGGCGCCCACAACGACAACCACCAAGUGGCAGCUGCUCAACGAUCGACCCGACCUGUUGCGGCACAGUCCGCAGGACAACGACUACGACGACGACGACGACAACGACGACGCAGACGCAGAUGAUGAUGAUAAUGAGGAGCACUGUUAUGAGAACAUUGCCAACGAGCUGACCACAACAUUCCGGGUGAAGUCGCCCUCGUCCUCGCGAUCCCGUUCGCCCGGCAACUACGAGCGGAAGACAGACCUGCAGCGGGAUGCACAGAUACUGAGCGAAAUGACCCGCAACGCUGAUCAAACUUUGAAGGCACUCUCCGAUGAGGCGGCCAUCAAGGAUCAGCAACGACGAUCGUGCUCACUGCAGCGUCGCAGUGGCAAGCCCCUGGAGACCAUCGAUGAGAAGGUCAACAAGGUCUGCAAUGGGGAGCGUCAGUCGCUGAGUGUGGCCCGUGGCACCUUCGCCUCGGAGGCGCGUCGCAACUCACGACAGUCGACGCCCUCCCCAACACCCACACGGGCACGCAGCUCCUCCCAAUCGUCCAUCGAGUGCUGUCCCCGUGACCGUUCCCGCUCCAGCUCCCGUGAGUCGAACACCCAAGGCGCCGGCUCCUCGGACGACCAGGCCACCAAGCAUCGGGCCGAGCGUCUGCGCAUGCGCACCCCCAAACGCGAGAAGUCGCGACACGAACCGCCCGAGCAGCGCACCAGUCGUCACACCAGCAAGCCCAGAUCGAGCACAACCCAUGCAGCGGCUGUGGCUUCGGCUGCCACUUCUUCGUUGGAAUCAAAGCGCAGCUCCCAUCACAGUCGUCACCGAGAGGUGGAACACUCCAGCGAGAGCAAACACGGCUCGGGCAUCCGUCUGCUGCGAUCCUCACGGGUCAGCGACGAGAGUCGUCCCCGUCAGAGUGCCCUGCGCGAACGGGAACGAGAACGGGAACGAGAACGGGACCGAGACCGAGAACGCUCCCGAGGCAGUGAGAAGCAUCGCGAAGAGCUGACACGUUCGCGGGGUCACUCCAGUCGCUCUAGACACAGCAGCGAGCAGGCAGCACAGGCAGCCGGAACGCGGGAGAGUGGCAGACCAAGUAAGACGAGAUCGAGUCGCAGCAGUCACGAAGCGGCGACAGCACACAAAAAGUCCACCACAGCAGCAACAGCAAAAUCAUCGAAAUCCACAACGCACAAAGCAGCAGCCAACCACAGCACUGCAACCACAACAACCAACAGCAACAGCAACAGCACAGCUCUAACGCCAUCCACGCACAACGAACUGACGUACGUAUACGUAACGAAUUUAGCCCAUACAAAAGCCAGGCAGGAAGUACAAGUGGCAGCGGAAUUGCCAGCGGAAGUAGAUGCAGAUUAUGCCAGCAUUGAGGAGAUAUCGAAUCCGAGUCCGAUGGCACCAAUGCCACCGCCGCGUCGCAAGCGUAAAAGAUCGCUCAUACCCGUGCCCGUGCAGCCCACCGCCUCCUACGAGUACCGCACUAAGCUGGAGAUGAUACCGCCCAGCUACUCCAAUCAGUCGACGCUCAGGUGUCGCAGCAUGGCGCGGCGACCGGGCAUGAAGAAGCCCUCGCUGAAGGCCACCCAGUCGACCAGCUCGAGUUUCGCCUUUCUGCCGUAUCUGCCGGCCAAGCGCAACUCGAGUGUUAGCCAUGUGUAUGACAACUAUUUGCUGUAUACGGCAGCCGGCGGUGCCAGUGCCAGUGCCAGCCAAAAGCUGGAAAAACUCCGUCCGUAUCAGAAUAAUCUGAGCAAUGAUCAUGCCCAACUGUUUGGCGGUACGGCUGUGGGAGGAGGUGCGGCUAGUCGGGGUCCGGGUCCGGGUCCGGGUCGGCUGGGCGGCUGGCCAAAGCGUCUGAGGAUGCGGCAGGUGCGCAGCAGCGUCUCCACGCACCAGCCCUUCGGCAUCUGCACAUGUUCAUAGUCAGCGCUGGAGGCACACGCUCCAUAGACAUAAAGCACAGCCCAGCACAG